UAUCCUUUUCUUAUGAAAGAAAGAGAAUGUGUUAUGUUUCACUUUUACUUGUUCCGGUUAUACCGUUCUCUUUAGUUACAAAGUGCACUUCUGUAUACUGUUAUACAUUAUGAGAGAAUGUUUAUCAUGGAAUAACUAACGUUUUACGAUUAUUUACUGGAGUUUAUCGAUUUUACCCGAAAUUGUCUUUUACAGUUAUAAAAAAACAACUUAAUUAUUCAAUAAAAACUUGGAAGACUGUUGUUGAAAAUAUAUUUCAAUUGGUUGCAUUUUUCAUAACAAUGGUUAAGUAUUUCGAAGACAACACAACGUUUUAUUUUAAUUGGAAACAAGUUGUACAAGGAUUUUGGGUGAAAUAUCCGAAUCCUCACAGCUCACAUGUCUUAUCGGAGGAUACUAUAUCAAGAGAAGUUAAGGAAGGCAAACUUUACUCUAAACGUCUUCUGACAAAAACAAACGGCGUACCAAAAUGGGGUGAAAUGUUAAUUAAAAAAAAGUCCGUUAAAAUAGUUGAGGAAAGUAUAUUGGAUCCCGAAGCAAAGACAUUAACAACAUAUUCGAGAAAUUUUACCUAUAAUAAGGCAAUGAGUGUUAUCGAAAAAGUUGUUUAUCGAGUAUCCGACGAAAAUCCUUCAUGGACUACAGUACACAGAUCUGCAUGGAUAUGGAGUUGUGUACUUGGAUUUAGUAAAGCAAUUGAAGCAUUUGGACAAGACAGAUUAAAAAAGAAUUAUGUUAAAAUGUCAUUAGGUUUUAAUGACGUUCUUGGACGUAUGUUUCCACAAACAGCAGCACAAUUGUCAACUACUCACAACAGUAGUCAAUCUGAAGAUACAACUGCGAGUAAAUCAAUUUUAGCUGAAGGUUUGCAACAUUCAUUGAAAGACAAAGCGGAACAAGUUAAAGAUGCUGCUAAAAAAGCCUCAGAUUUAGCAAAGCAAAAGACUGGUCAAUUUAUGUAAUAUAUAGAAGAGAGAGAUUCAGAUUAAUUAAACUUAAAUAAAACAUUAGUUAAUAGUCGAAUACUAUAUACCGGAUGAAGAAAUGAUAUACAGAAUCUGUAAUUUUUAAUGUUAGGAAUUUGUCCUUUACAAUAUUUUUCUUUUCAAAAAUCUUCUCCCUCGUCACAAUAUAUAGACAAAUUCAUUAUUUUAUAUUACUAUUGUUUUACCAAACAUAGUUAAUUGUAUUUUAAAGAAAGAAACUAUCAUUCCUUUUUAACUGCCGGAGUCCCAAAAUAUACACAAUAUUAAAAAUAUCUCCUGUAUCGAAUUAUUUAAAGUUUAUUGCAUAAAUAAUUAAUAUAAAAUAUACUUUUUAGAUACGACACAUACGUACUUACGUGACUUAAGAGUUUAAUUAUUAUCAAAAAUAAGUCUUGCCUAUAAAAAUCAAGUCCACGUAAAAAGUCUACGUAUUUUUUAAGAUUACUUUCAAGUAAAUUAUUUUCUUUAAUAGCAUAUAUUUACGUGAAAUAUAUUUCGUCUU